AUGACCUUGGCAGCACGUAAACUCAAAAAUCUUGAACGGUGGAGUCCGAGAAGAUUCAGAAAGGAUGCAUUAGAUAGGUACAAAGAAAUGAACAUUCACUAUGCUGCCCAGUUAAAGCAACGGACUAUCGGUAAUUACAAGUGGGUCUUUUUGGGCUUGGUGGAUCGUCCAAAGAUUGUAAAUAUUCGGUCGGUGCAGCUAGGCGCAUUUUCUGAUCUUACUUUACAGCAAGUGAUUGUGAGAUUCCAUUCUGAACAGAGUCUUUCAGUCUACAACGAAAAGGGCAAAUUAAUAGGCGGUGGCCCAACAAAAUGUUACAAAGUCCUCGAACACGUCGUAUUUCAAAGAUGUCUCUGGGACAAAGAUCCUAAUUGGUUAAUCUACGGAUAUUACUUUUUGCCGAUGCCACAACUGCCACCCUUGCCACCCGACUAUAUAUCAGGCCAAGGGACAGCGGAAAGUGGAA